GACUUAUCCUUACCGUUCAAAAUCGUCUUUUCAGAGCGAUGACACAAAACUCUGCACCUAAAAAUCAACCUUCUGCUUUUUCAACAUUCAUCACUGAGGAUCCUAAAUAGUAUAUCAUAAAGACACUCUCCUAGUAAUGCCAAUUAUUUCUUAUCAUUCAAUUAUUAUCAAUAACCUAGCCGCCCAACCGGGGGCUGUCGACACAACGUCUUCCCAGAUUCUCUUAUCAAGAGCGAUCGCAGAUCACGCUUCUACGUCUCGUCCGCCAAUUGUUAGGACACUAUACUCUUCGAUUGCUGUCACAUCUCUUUACGAAUCCCCAACAAGACAUAUCAUGACCGUUGGAGACGCAGCCAGCACAUCGAAAGAUGUAGGAUUGGAUGGUGAGAGAAUGGAGGAAUGUAAUGAUUCUGCGAGCAGGCGAAACUCGUCGACAUUGGGAGUGAACGAAGCCUCCGUGUCCCAUAGCCUAUCAGAUUUAAUCACUUCAGUUAAUGAUACAGUUAUCGAUCCUCAGUAUCCGCAAAACCCCUGGGAGCUUCCACAUCUCAACGCUGUCCCAGAGAAUCAGAGGAAACGUGAUAAAGGAAAAGGAGUUGAACGUGGAAGAACGUUAGAACGAGGCCCAAGAUACUGUAAUCCUCUUGAAAAGGCUGAGUCACGACCUAGAAGAAACAAAACAACUAUCGAAGUUGAUGGUCGACCCAUACGAAAGCGCGAUCGAAGUCAUACUCUUCAUGAUAACCCCGAUGAUCCUGCUGCAAUAUUUGAUGACCAGGUAUUAGAACCAUUGAGAGGGAUAGCUCAACAGGAUAGUUUUUCGGAGGUACUUAGCGGACAUGCAUCUCCAAGCAGUCUGAAUGGCUCUCUUGACGUGAAAGAAUUAAAGAGUCGACUUCGAUCCAGGACUCUUGGGGGAAGCUCUAUAAGCUCGACCAUAUCUCCAGUGGAAUCACUCACACGGACAGUUACAACAGUUUACAGCGACUCCUUUCCUAUUUCUCCUGAACCAAUCUUACCAGUUGAAUCGUAUUCGAGUCGUCUACCUAGUAUUGAUCGAUUAGAAGAAUCUGCUCGUCAAUCAACAUCAUUCACGUUCUCAAAAUUACCAACAGAGAUCAUUCAACAAGUAUACAACUACCUCACACCGGUUGAUUUCAAUUCAGCCAGACAUACAUGCCGAGCAUGGCUUCUUAACAGUAUAGAUCGUUCCCUUCUUGAAAACAUGAUCCGGCGUGGCGGUUGGGAGACUAGUUGUCGACAGGAGAUCUCCGAUACCAAAAGUUCGACCUUUCGACGUAGUUCCAAAUAUGAAUGGUUCAUGAGUAAACGUAUUUCGAGGGAAUGUGCUCUUGGUCCAGAUUGGACAGGGUCUGGAGUACCGGUAACCCCAGAUAACUUUCCACUAGAAUGCAAGGAUUCUGCCUUUUUGCAAGCUUCGACCGUGGAUUUCACAGAAGUCGCGGUUCAAUAUAAAGAAACGACUCCUGCUGGAACCGUUUUCACGGUGAGUAGUUGUGGGAAGUUCUUGAUGGCUGCGAACGGAUGUCUAGUCUAUAUUUACGAAUUGAACAGAAGCCAUCGUGACGUGGACAAUUGGUAUGAGGUUCAAGCUGGUUCUUUGCGUCCAGUCACUAGUAUUAUAUGUCCACACAGAGUGUUAGCAUGUAGUAUGGAUACUUCCUCACAUAGAUAUGCAAUUGCCGUUUUGCUUGAUGGACGCAUGGGUCUCGUAUGCGAUAUUUCUCUUAGCAAUAUUGCUGCCCCUGUUUCUUCCGAUCCCGAGACUUCAGAUGCUUUCUCGCACCAUUCAAGCUGGUCAGAUCUUUCACUCUCUCCCGCAAAUGACUUUCACCACGGUGUCUCAUUUCUCGAUCGCGUUAGCUUGGAUAGUUCGGCCCCUGUGCAAAGGGCUGGAAGAUCUACAACCGCUUUCGUUUUCCCCGGAAUAGCUACAACUCGUAGUGGCGGUACUUCUCCAGGGAUUGCGCAACGUUCAGAAUACCACGAAGCGCUUCGGUCAGCUAGUGCUGUAAAAAAUUCAUACCCUUCAGAAGAAACUAGCCCCCACUCUGUUGGAGCAAGAAAUCGAUUGCGAAGCAAGUUGCCAGCUCGUAAAAUCUCAAACUCGGAUGCGAGAGAAAUGCCAGUUGAAACUGGCCCUCGUUCAAUAUAUCGAAAUCUUUGUUCUGAGGACGAUCCUCCUCGUUCUGUGGCUAUUUGUCCUCAAAGAAGAUGUGUGGCUUUUGGAUGCUCGGCAGGUAUCGAAUUGCAUUGGGUUGAUGCUUUGACCGGACAGGAUCUGAACAGAUGGUUUCCACUCACUGCUCCAAGUGAUUUCUUGUUCUUUUUACCUCCACGGAAAAGUGUGGACUCGGCAAAGAAGCUGAGGCUUAUUAGUAGCGCGGCUAAACCCAGUGAAUGUACAGCUGUGCAUGAAAGGUCAUAUGGAAGAAGGCCACGGGGUGCUUCAUUCUGGCAAAGAAUUGGGUGGAGCGGAAGUCAUGGAGAUAACAUCGAGGAAAUAGAACGCGCUCAACAGGUAUUAAACCCAGUGGGAAGAUUUCGUAGUGAUUCUGGUCGAAGAGUUGAUCAUUCAGAUCACUAUCGUGCCAUACCACUAAGUGACGGGUAUCAUAUUUUGUUUACAGAUCCCAGCACAGGAGCACUUUGUUUAGGCACUGAUGCACCUGUUGGAGGACCUACCAAAUUGCUUCGCAAAGUUUGGUUUCAAGGGCCAGAAGGUAGAGGUAGUCCAACGGUUUAUGCUGGAGGUUCUGAUCUGAGCUGGGGAGUGAGAGUUGUGGCAGCAUUUGGAAGUUGGGCAGAACAGAGUAUCUGGAUGUUUUCUGUUCCUGCAGAUGUGUUUCAUGCAGCUCAGAGCUCUCAGAAUGUCUUGGAGAGCUCUGUAAUUCAUAAACGAAACACUCCCAAAAAUUCUAAAAACAUGCAAUGGCUGGACUGGUGGCCUGACGAGGGACUCCAAGAAUGGCUCAAUCUUAUUCGGCAUCCAGUACCUGGCAUUUUGCCGGGAAAUAUGUGGCCACUUAGAGUCCGGGGUCAGAGAAUUGGUGCAUGUUCCGGAAUAGUCGAUCUUGCGAUUGAUUCGAACAAUGGUAUUACAGUUUGGGCCUUUAGUACUGAUGGAAUUGCCAAAGUCUGGCGUUUGGACGAUGGAAAUGAUAGGGAUAUCACAAAGCUAAGUGUAUCAAGAGAUGGUACUACUCGUGAAAAUGUCUCGGAUGAUUAUGUCAAUGUUGAAAGGAGCUGCGAUUUCGUCACUUCAGAAAUCCUUCAACAUCGCCCAUCGCUAGAACAACAAUCUUUUGAUGGAGCUAUGUCGCCAGAUUUAGACGGCACAAUCUCUCCCGAUAUAUCAACAAUCAUUACAGUACGGAGAGGCUCAGAUUGGAGCUAUCAAAGCGUGAAUUAUGAUGAAGAUGGUGAUGUGGUAAUGGAAGAUGUUUAUGGUCCGGGUGUCGAUAUGCCAGCAGCUUGGUCGAAGCCAGAGAGAGAAUACGAAGAGGAUGAACCGUUACAAAAUCAACAGUACCAGUAUUUACAGUCGCGCUGGCCGAGAUCGGCUAUAGGGUAUAGGUGGUGGUGGGAUAGGGCAGUGGCGAGUGGAGAUUUGGCAAGAGUGGUAGAGGCGAGGGGCGUGUCGAGAAUUGAAAUUGAAAUUCGUUGAGGGAGCUUGGGUAUUGAUUAACGCAAAGAAUGAGUGAAGGCAUUGUAUCAUUUGUAGACGAAUAAAUGAGGUCUAUCCGUAUACUUUGUGAUCAUGGGAUAGUGGAAGUCGGUGUCGAUUAUUGGAAUUAAGAUUGAGUAGGUGAAAAAUUGUAAUCUUACAUGAUUUGGAUUGGCAAGAGGCGCUUCAAAUUAUUUCCUAUCCACUUUAGUCGUAAAAAAUCAUCUAGAAUAAUGAAACUGUUCAAUAAUAUGCA